AUGGCUUUGAAUAUGGGAAUUCUUCCUAAAAAAUGGACUGAUUUAAUUAAUGAUCAAUGCAUCAAGUUUGCAGAGACUUUCAACGUACCCAACGUCAGAGCUGCGGACAUGACAAAGCUAAAUUUUAAUUAUAUAACACCGUGUUGCAAUUUUACAGUGCCUAUAUUGAAAGCCGAAACUCUCUGGGACAAUGCAAUAUUUAAUCGGAAUAAAAAAAUAGUUGUUGUCGUUAGUGGAUGGUUGACAACUUUCAGGUCUUCAUUUGCCAAGGACGUGUUACAAAGGGCUUACAUGUGUCGUCCCGAUGUUAAUUUCGUGGUCGUAGAUACAUCGAGCUACCUGGAUAUGCUCUAUAUGUGGUCUGUGCAGAACACCAAUAUUAUUGGGGACUACAUUAGCCUCGGCUUAAAGCAACUGACAGAUGCCAAUCCAUCAGCCGAGAUUCAUCUUAUCGGUCACUCAUUGGGUGCACAUAUUAUGGCAUUCGCUGCGCGACAGUAUCAAAAUUUAACAGGACGCCUGGUGGAUCGUGUAACAGGUUUGGAUCCGGCCAAGCCGUGCUUUAAAGCCCAAUCUAGAAGUGAUGGCAAAGCCAGUGAUAUUGCCCGGUUCGUAGAUGUCAUACACACAAAUGCUGGCUUAUUGGGAGAGGAUUCGCCAGUUGCUCAUGCCGAUUUCUAUCCAGGAGGUGACGAUCCAAUUCAAAACGGCUGCAUAUUCUUUGAAUGCUCACAUAGUCGAGCAAUUGAGUACUUUGCCGAAAGUGUUUAUCCAGGCCAGGAGCAAAACUUCCUGGCUUCCAAAUGUAGCUCAAUGGAAAAUAUGCGUGCUAAAGCCUGCAGCUCCUCCCACUCAGUUAUGGGCUAUGAAGUUGAUAAGAAUGCCACAGGUAUUUACUAUCUAGAAGUGAAUAGUAAGCCACCAUUUGGCAAGCAUUCAACUGUAGAUUCGGACGAUGUAAAUAAAGAAUGCAAGUGCCUUGGUGUAGUGUGUUAACUUAAAUGGAUUUUAGAAGAUUCUGAAUAAACAAAGACUCUCUU